GGGAUGGGCAAGCGGCGGCGGCGGUCCCGCCUGCUGAGGGCUGUCCCCUGCCGGUCCCCGUCCUGAGCUGGACCCCAGUCCUCCGCACGAAAUCCCUGCGUCUGCCUCGGCCCAGGUUAAAUGGAAACUACCCUUGGAAGCUAAAUGUCUUUGUAGCUGUUCGACCACAUCAGUGUUUUGCAAUGAGUGGGGGAGGAGAACAGCCAGAUAUCCUCAGUGUUGGAAUCCUGGUUAAAGAAAGAUGGAAAGUGUUGAGAAAGAUUGGGGGAGGGGGCUUUGGAGAAAUUUACGAUGCCUUGGACAUGCUCACCAGGGAGAAUGUGGCACUGAAGGUGGAGUCUGCUCAACAGCCAAAACAAGUUCUGAAAAUGGAAGUUGCUGUUUUGAAAAAACUACAAGGGAAAGACCAUGUUUGUAGAUUUAUUGGCUGUGGGCGGAAUGAUCGGUUCAACUAUGUGGUCAUGCAGUUACAGGGUCGGAAUCUGGCAGAUCUUCGCCGUAGCCAGUCACGGGGCACGUUCACUGUUAGCACUACUCUUCGUCUGGGGAGACAGAUUCUGGAAUCUAUUGAAAGCAUCCAUUCUGUGGGAUUCCUGCACCGAGACAUCAAACCGUCAAACUUCGCCAUGGGACGCUUCCCCAGUACAUGUAGGAAAUGUUUCAUGCUUGAUUUUGGCUUGGCCAGACAAUUUACCAAUUCCUGUGGUGACGUCAGACCACCUCGUGCUGUGGCAGGAUUUCGAGGGACAGUUCGUUACGCAUCAGUCAAUGCUCACCGGAACAGAGAAAUGGGAAGACAUGAUGACCUUUGGUCCUUAUUUUACAUGUUGGUGGAGUUUGUGGUUGGUCAGCUUCCUUGGAGAAAGAUAAAGGACAAGGAGCAAGUAGGCUCCAUUAAAGAAAGGUAUGACCAUAGACUUAUGUUGAAACAUCUCCCUCCAGAAUUCAACAUCUUUCUGGACCAUAUCUCCUCUUUGGAUUAUUUUACAAAACCAGACUACCAGCUUCUUACAUCCGUGUUUGACAAUAGCAUCAAGACCUUUGGAGUGAUUGAGAGUGAUCCUUUUGACUGGGAAAAGACUGGAACUGAUGGCUCCUUGGCCACCACCACCACCUCUACCACCCCUCAAUUGCAUACCCGCUUGACUCCUGCUGCAAUUGGAAUUGCAAAUGCCACACCCAUCCCUGGAGACUUGCUUCGAGAAAAUACUGAUGAAGUAUUUCCAGAUGAACAGCUUAGUGAUGGGGAGAAUGGUAUUCCUGUUGGAAUGUCACCAGACAAGUUGCCUGGAUCUCUGGGACACCCUCAUCCCCAAGAAAAGGAUGUCUGGGAAGAGAUGGAUGUUAACAAGAACAAGAUAAAGCUUGGAAUUUGUAAGGCUGCUACCGAAGAAGAAAAUAGCCAUGGGCAAGCAAAUGGUAUUCUCAAUGCUCCAAGCCUUGGCUCACCAAUUCGUGUUCGAUCAGAGAUAACUCAGCCAGACAGGGAUGUUCCUUUAGUACGAAAGUUACGUUCCAUCCAUAGCUUUGAGCUGGAAAAACAUCUCACGCUAGAGCCAAAGCCAGAUACUGACAAGUUUCUUGAGACCUGCCUGGAAAAAAUGCAGAAAGAUUCCAGUACAGGAAAAGAAUCUGUUCUCCCCACUCUGCUUCACAAGCCUUGUGUUCCUGCUGGGUCUCGUACUGACCACAUCUGGCACUAUGAUGAGGAAUAUAUUCCAGAUGCCUCCAAGCCUGCCUCUGCCAACACCCCUGAGCAGGCAGGUGGUGGUGGCAGCAAUGGAUUUAUAGCUGUUAACUUGAGCUCUUGUAAGCAGGAGGUUGACUCCAAAGAAUGGGUGAUUGUGGACAAAGAGCAAGACCUUCAGGAUUUUAGGACAAAUGAGGCAGUAGGCCAUAAAACAACUGGAAGUCCUUCUGAUGAAGAGCCUGAAGUCCUUCAAGUCCUAGAGGAAUCACCUCAAGAUGGAAAGCUCCAAGUAGGUCCUUGGACCAACAAUGAUCAGCUAAAGGAAGCCUCAGGUGCAGUUUUAGUACUCUGUGGGGAAUGCCCUGCCACUCCUGUGUCAGAACAGUACGCAGAUAGGCUAGACCUCCAGGCUGGAGCUGCAAGCCAGUUUAUCACAGUGACACCCACAAGUCCAAUGGAGGCACAAGCAGAAGGACCCCUUACUGCGAUUACAAUUCCUAGACCUUCUGUGGCAUCAACACAAUCAACUUCAGGAAGCUUUCAGUAUGGUCAACAACCAGAGAAAAAAGACCUCCAGCUCAUGGAACCCACUGUGGAUCUUUACUCCCCACGGGAAAACUUCUCUGGCUUGGUUGUAACAGAAGGGGAACCUCCCAGUGGAGGGAGCAGAACAGAUUUGGGACUUCAGAUAGAUCACAUUGGUCAUGACAUACUACCCAAUAUUAGAGACAGUGACAAAUCUCAAGACCUAGGGCCAAAAGAGCUUCCUGACCAUAAUAGACUAGUUAUGAAAGAAUUUGAUAAUCUCCCUGGAGAAACUGAAGAGAAAAGCAGACUUCUAGGGUCAGAUAAUGAAGAAGAGAAAUUAAGUAAAGGGCAGCAUUGUGUUGAACUCUCUCUCCCAGGAGAUUUGGUAACUACAGAAAGGGAUCAUUCAGCUACCAUGGAACUUCUUGAUGUGUCAAAUAUACAGAAUUUUAGUGUGGUGCCAAAUCAAGACAAAAACCAUGAGAUAAUGAAGCUUCUGUCAGUUGGAACUUCAGAAAUAUCUCCAAGAAUAAUUGACCCAUAUGUUGAAGGACAGAUAGGCCAGGUGGUGGCAGUGCAAAAAAGCAAGCUAUUUAAGGAUGAUGAAAUCAAGAGUGAAGACUUACCAGGUCAUCAAGGAGAUCUCUCUACUUUUUUGCAUCAAGAGGGUAAGAGAGAGAAAAUUGUUCCUAGAAAUGGAGAACUCUAUCAUUGUGUUUCAGAGAAUGAACAUGGUCCUCAAACCCGGAAGGAUGUGGUUAGGUCAUCCAUUGUAAACAGACAUAGCCGAAUCCCUGUUUUAGCACAAGAAAUAGACUCAACUUUUGAAUCAUCUGCAGUCUCUGCAAAAGAAAAGCUCCUUCAAAAGAAAGCUUGCCAGCCAGAAUUAGUCAAACUUCUGGUGGAAAAAAGGCAAUUCAAGUCUUUCCUAGGUGACCUCUCAAGUGCCUCUGACAAGUUGAUAGAGGAGAAACUAGCUGCUGUUCCUGUUUCUUUUUCUGAAGAGGAGACCUUCACUCCCUUUUCCAGGCUGGCAGUGGAGUCUCACCUGAAUAGAUCAACUGAAGAUAGCUUUCUGUCACCCAUCAUCUCACAGUCUAGAAAGAGUAAGAUUCCAAGGCCAGUUUCCUGGGUCAACACAGAUCAGGUCAUGAGUGCAGCUUCAUGUCAGUUCUUGCCUCGACCACCACCAGGAAAGCCACCGGCAAGGCCUGGAGUGGAAGCCAGGCUACGGAGAUACAAAGUCCUAGGGAGUAGUAACUCCGAUUCAGACCUUUUCUCUCGCCUGGCCCAAAUUCUUCAAAAUGGCUCUCAGAAGCCCCGGAAUACUACUCAAUGCAAGAGCCCAGGAUCUCCUCACAAUCCUAAAACACCACCCAAGAGUCCAGUUGUACCCCGCAGGAGUCCUAGUGCCUCUCCUCGAAGCUCAUCCUUGCCUCGCACGUCUAGUUCCUCACCAUCUAGGGCUGGACGGCCCCAUCAUGACCAGAGGAGUUCGUCCCCACAUCUAGGGAGGAGCAAGUCACCUCCCAGCCACUCAGGAUCAUCCUCCUCCAGGAGGUCCUGCCAACAGGAGCAUUGCAAACCCAGCAAGAAUAGCCCCAAAGGAUCCAGCAGCGUACACCACCACUCAGCCAGCACUAAGACCCCCCCAGGGAAGAGUAAACCAGCCAGUAAACUCAGCAGAUAGGAGCCAGGCUGCACUCUGGACAAAGUGUGAGAUCUUCCUCCUAAACCUGAUGCAUGUGUCCCUGUACUGUCUGUUUCAAACAAUCAUUGUUGAUCUUUUGCAAAAAAAAAAAAAAAAAAAAAAAGUAACAUGAUUAUUUAAACAAAGACAUAAAUAUAUGAUAAGGAAUUACCUAAAGCAAGUAGGAAGCAGAUCAAGAAUUAAUGCCUUUGCAUAGGAAGUUGCAAUCCAGAAAAAUCCAAGGGGAAGAAGCUCAUUAAAUGAGCUCUCAUUUUUCAGCUGCCUUUGAAACAAAAAAGUUGAAGGUAUAAAAUAGAGUGAGAUUCUAAGGGGUUUUGCCUAACUUUUAAGUCUCUCCUCAAAAGACUAGCAAAAGUUUUUUGAUAUUUUUAUUUUGAACUUCCCAACCCCAAAGGGUCAUUGCUGAGAUGUUGGAAUUUAUAAGAAGUCUUUUACUAGGAAGCCAGUAGUCUCAUAUAUUUGGCUUAUAUGUUUAUUUACUGAUUGAAGAAUCCAUACCUGGAUUUUACAUUUUUUAAAGUCCAUGUUUCCUCCCUUGUCCAGUGUCUUAUUUUAACAACACAUAAGAAUUUCAGCAGCUCAUGCUGAGAUUUUCAAAUCCAAUUACUUUUAUCUAGUCCCCUAAUGUUUUUCUUUGAGUACCAGGUCUUAAUUUAUUUAUGGAAAAAUAAACUGAAAAACUUAGGAAAAGAAAAUGUCCAAUUGGAGCUACUGUAUUUCUUAGGCUUUAAGGAGUAGGACAGUAGCCUUCAAGAUGGAAGAGCCUUCUUCAACCUGGGUACACAUCCUCCUUGUUCAGAGAACCUGACCAGAGGAGAUGGUUUCCUUUUGUUUUAGAUGUCAGCUCUUUCUAAUACCAACCUUCAAGGUGGGAUUAGGGAAGCACACCACUUUGGAAUGUGGCUUAUGCUUUUAGAGUUAUAGAAAGAAAUUUAAUGUGUUACUGAGGCUUAAAAUAUUCAGAUUUUAUAUUUAUACAUUUAGCCAAUAAAGAAUAUCUGGGGAAAUAAACUUAGGCUAAAUAUUUUUCUUUUAGUGUUUUGUUACCUGUUUCUUCUGUGAUUUUCUUUAGUAGUUGGACUUCUUAGCCUGGUUUCUUUGUAAUCUCAAUUUAUAGUUGUAAGGAGGAUCAUGUUUGUUCUAAUCUCACUGUUCUGCUCACAGGAAUCAGACAAAAUUAAAGAAUACCAGACUUGUA